GCGGUUCUUUUGGGCUUCUAGGAAGUCAUCUUCAAAUCCCCAAAAAGAUUAUAAUUUUCUUCAAAAUUUAUUUUUUUGAAGUUCUCAAAAUAAAAUAAGAGAAGUUUGAAUCCUAAACAUUCUGUUUAAUUCUCUCGGCAAUUAAUUAGCGUUCGGCGAUGAAGCUUCUCCGUUCAAAUCCAUGGCAGUGACACUGCCAUUUCUAGGGUUUUUGGUUCCCUGACCUACUCAACCAGUACUCUGAACUCCUCCUCCUCCUCCACCACAUCUCCCACAUUUCAGCCUCUACACCAUAGGAUUCUGUUCAAUAAAGGCCCAAGGGUUUCCGUUCUCCCAGUACUCCAUCAAUGGCUGAAAGAAGGGAGAGACGUGGAGCAAUCAGAGCUCCGAGAUUUCAUCAGUAAGCUCCGCCGGUCCCGCUGCUACAACCUCGCCUGGAGAUUUCAGAGUGGAUGGGAGAUGAAAUGAAUUUCGAUUUGCACCCUGCAGACGUUGCGAUUCGGCUGGAUUUGAUCUCGAGAGUCCACGGAAUCGGACGAGCCGAGAGGUAUUUCGAUUGCAUUCCGAAUGAAUUAAGAGUUGUUAAUGUGUAUGGUUCUCUCUUGGUCAGCUAUGCAAAGCAUAAAUGUUUGGAAAAAGCCGAGGCUCUUUUCGAAAAGAUGAGGAUUUGGGGUUUGUGAAAGGGCCAUUUACUUAUAAUGUGAUGACGAAUCUGUAUUCUGAGGUGGGAAAACAUCGAAAGGUUGAUGUUUUAGUGAACGAGAUGGAGGAGAAGGGCAUUGAGUAUGAUAUUAGGACGUUGAACAACCGGUUGCAUUCGUAUGCAGCCAUUUCGGAUGUAGACCGGAUGGAGAAGCUUUUGAUGAAGAUGGAAGCUGAUCCGACUGUUAUUGUGGACUGGCAUGCUUAUGCUGUUGCAGCGGACGCGUUCUUGAAGGCUGGACAGUUGGACAAGACAUGGGCAUUGCUGAGGAAAUCAGAGCGACUCAUUACAAGUAAAACAAGAAAGUCUGGUUACGAAUUUUUAAUGACUUCACAUGCUGCUGUUGGUAAUAAGCAUGAGGUUUAUCGAAUUUGGGGAUUGUACAAAGAUGUCGUAGGAUUCUACAAUAGUGGGUAUCGCUGUAUGAUAAGUUCGUUGGUGAAGUUGGAUGACAUUGAAGGUGCUGAAAAAAUUGUGGAGGAAUGGGAAUGUGGAAACAAACUAUUUGACAUUCAAAUACCCAACUUGUUGAUCAAUGCUUACGGCAAGAAAGGCCUUUUGGAGAAGGCCAGAUCAUACACAGAGAAGCUUUCAGAGAGGUGGGAAGGAGGAUUGUAGAACUUGGGGCAUAUUGGCUACUGGAUAUCAUAUGAAUGGUCAGAUGGCAGAGGCAGUGGAAACAUUGAAAACGGCAGCAAGCUUGGCAUGUCGACCAGGGUGGACGUUUGAUUGUUCAACUCUGUCUGCAUGUUUCAAUUACUUGAAAGAGAAGGGGGAUGUGGAAGCAGCACAUGAAUUAUUGAGAUUAUUCAGAGAAAUGGGUCAUCUUCCAACAGAUUUGUUUGAUAAAAUUGGAAGUUAUAUUGAUGGUGGUGAACCUCCUAUGGAAAGCAUUGAUAAAGUUCAGGAUCACGGGAUGGAUUCGACAGUUUAGCUCAACAAUGUGGUAGCAGCCAAAUAUGUGUUAUGUCUGAAGGGUAGUGUUUCUUGUUUUGGUGGUGUCGCGGCUGCACUGUGUGAGGGUUACCAGCUGCAGAUUAUGCUCUAGCUAUUGAUUGUAUUCGAUUAUCCUUAUGACCGAACAAGGCGCAGCUUGCUUACUUCUCGAGCGAUAGUUUUAUGAUCCGGACAAGAGUUUUUGAGGAUGUUAUGCCGGAGUGUCGAAGAGCCUUACACCGAGAAGGCUGAUGGAUAAUAAGAUAGAGCUGGAACCAGAGGCUUCAUUUUGCCACUGUAUUUGUUCAACCUUUACAACAGUCACGUAACCAGCGUAUGACGAUGUAACUUGCAUGAGUUUUGAAGCGUUGCAAACUCGUUCUUGAAAUUUCAAUUAAUUAAAAGAAAUUUGAUGAUUC